UUUCCGCGGAUUAGAAAAACAGUUUAUUCUUAUGUUUUUAAAAAGAUAGCUCCAAGGUAGUAUAAACUAGGAAGAAAUGGAGAUCAGUCGUCUUUUGAGUGAUCCCACCGAGGAAGAGGAACCUAUCAGUAAACAAUUGACAAUACUCAUUGAACGCCGCAAAUCUGAGGAGAAGAGGAAAGCCCUCGGUCAUUGGGACAUACUACGGAAGUCCAUCAGAAAGACGAUAGAUGCCGUAAAGGAGUCUGACUUGAAGAAUAAAAAUGUGUCUCAUGGAAUUCACCACCUGCGCAAACUUAACCAUGACCACUCUAUUAAAUCAGUAGCCUUUAUGAAGGAUAGAAAAGAAUACCUGACCACAGAUGGAGGGAAUGUAACCAUUUUUUUGGAGGAUGGCCGCAAAAAGGCUACGUACAUUCCAGAAGAAACAAUGGACACAAUCAUAUAUUGUUCCCACUCUGACCAGUUUGUAGGAUUCACCAAAGGAGAUGAUGAACUUUUCCUGAUGAAUAAAGACUUUGAAAUCAUCUCUCAAGCAAGAAAUCCAUGCAAAAUAAAUUUAGCCAAGUAUAACCACAACACAAUGGAAUUUGUAACAUUUGGACCAGGGUAUUUUGUGUGUUGGGCUUUCCGGUAUGGUGCAAGACAUCUUAUACCUCGAAAGAUGAACAAAAUAGUAUUCACAGCCGACAAUGCUUUCUCUCAUCUUGUUUUGGAAGAAACUGCCAGCCGUCAGCAGCGCUGUUACCUGUCUCAUGGCAAAGAUGUUGUGGUUUACAAUGUAUUUGCGGGAAAUCAACUCACGAUGAAAAAAGAUCUCCAUGAGCGAAUGAUAACAGGGAUGACAUUUUUUAAUCCACUGAAGUAUUUAAUCACUGGAGCUAAAGAUGGAUCCAUCAAAGUGUGGGACAAUGAGUGGUACCUAAAGAUGGUGUUUGUGGGGCACACCAGGGCUAUUUCUGUAUUGUGUGUGUAUCCGGAUGGCCCUGCCAUUAUAUCAGCCAGUCAUGAUUGUACUGUCAGAGUCUGGAACCUGGAUUCCUGUGAUGAGGUGGACAGAGCUAAGUUAGAUGCACCAGCCAUUGGAAUGUCGACAGAGCUGAAUUACUUUGUAUUCUUUACUUACUCUUGGAAAACAGUGGACUUAUGGAGAAUUCAGCACUUGUUCAGCAUUCAUACUUCAAUUGGACAAAGAGUGGUAGCCAUCAAACAGACAAGUCACCCCCACCACCCGAUUCGGUCCCUGGUGGUGAGCAGGGACAGUAGUGUCCGCCUCAUCACCCCUCCUAAUGGGGAGGUCCUGACCACCCUACUGCUGGACCCAGCCAAGGGCAUCGUAGACGCAGCUUAUGCAAUCAAUGAAGAGAAAUUAUUUGUUGUUCUGAACAAUGGAGAUAUCCUGAAAUGCUGUACAAAAAUCAAUCCUGUCAGAAUUGAGAAAACCUGGAAAAUUCAGAACCCCAGGGAGGCUUGUAACUAUCUUCUGGUGUAUGAGUAUGUCCCAGACUUCAAGGCUGAUGCCUGGGCAGCAUUCAAACGAGGGUUAGCAACAAACACGAUAGGCGACAAUAGUUCCCAGACCAGCCGGGCUAAAACCAUUCUGCUGGGUGGAAGGAAGGAUGGCCACAUCUGUGUGUUUGAUUGGGAUGAUGGAAAAGUUAUUUUUAGUAUUGAUGCUCAUGGAGUGAAAGGGGUUUUAAGCAUGAAAGCAAAUUCCAAGCAAGAUCAACUUAUAUCUGCUGGCAAAGGUAAAAUCUACAGGCUACACUGA